GACGUUUUCCCCAACAAUGCGCCUUCAUUACACCCCACCAACAAGCUAGAAUUGCCACUUCCGUGCGGCUGGACAUUCUAAAAGAGUAUUACUACAACAUAGGAAUCAGUAAUCAGAAUUUAUCUGGGAAAGGCAGCAGUUCUUCAUUUAAGAAGCUGCUUGAAGAUGAGGUUGAAAUGCCUGACUUCAACGGGGGAGAGGUGGUUGCCAAUUCGACGGAUGAAGAAAACAAUUCUGCAGAUGGGGAUAACACUGUACUAUCAACCAGACAGCUCCAAAAGUACGGUCCAAGAUCUGUCAGAAAUGAACAAGUUAGAAAUAGAAAAAGAAUUUCUGAAGCACUGUUACAUUCCAAAGAAAGUGCCUCAGCAUCCCAUGCUACAUGCUCCAAAGCAAAUACAUCUGGGAUUUGGAAAGCUAAGCCAAGAUUUUCAUUGGCAUCAGUGUUACGUAAAAGUGGGGGCAUUGGUCAUUCAAUCUCCAAUAUUGAGAGCUUGCCUGAAAUUGUAAAAGCUGUUGAUCCUAGAGCUUCUGCAAAUUUAGAUGGAAAUCAUCUAGAAGAUGAUGACAGAAUUGAAAUAAAUUCAGAUAUUGCGCCUGCUGAAACAGAAGCUUUUCCUCAUGGAUUUAAUCUGGCCCCAAUGGCUGAUCUUUUUGACAAUCUCCAAGAUAAGGCUGAUCAGGAGACAGUCAUUAACAGUGAAGAUUCCCCUGAACCUGUGGAUAGUGGAUCAUCAAGUGACAAAGAGGUAAGUGGUCUACACAAGAAAAUUACUUACCCUGGAAAGAAAAUGCAGACCAUGGCAGAACGAUUUGAAGAAGCUUUAGGGACAUCCUCUGUUAUCACUGAAGGGACACAUGUUGGAGCACUUAAUUCAUUGAGACCUGGAAUAUUUGGAAAACUACAGCAGAUGAUGCUGAAAGAAAAAGAAACAGACAUGGACUUCUGGAAAAAGUUACAAGCCGAAGCUAGGCCAGAUAGUUGUUUUUGCAGAAUUUUCUGUUACAAGAUAACUCCAAAGGAAUGGGUUGUGGUGGCCGCAAAAGCAGUCAAAGCACCAUUAUCUUUAGUCCAAGGGUUUGCAACAAUGUUGACCUUGAAGUUGGGAACUUGAUCCAAAUUCACCCUCCAUGGUAAGCAGGGCCGUGCAAGAUGUAAGGUAAAUUAGGCAUUAGCCUAAGGCCCAAAAAAAGAAAUUUUUUUAGGCCCCUAAAAUUUUUUUAUUGUUAACUAUUAACAAAUUUUAACGGAUCAAAAUAAAAUAAUUUAGAAUCUCUUUCUUCCCUAAAAAUUAGUCAAUCAAUAUCAUCUUUUUAAAAAUUAACCAAUAUCACAAUUAAUGUCAUUUAAAGUAUUUUAUUUAUCCCAAAAAAGUAAAUUCCUAUUAACUUUCCUUUAACAUC